UUAUAAUUACCAGCAGAAACCAGUACCAUUAUUAUAUGCCUGCCUGCUCAUGACCUGAUCCUUUCCUUUCCCAUUCCCUACUACAUGAUAAGAUAGGAUCCACUUCUCUUUCUCUCUAUCUGUGGAAAGGGUCUCUGAUUCCUCUGCACCGGCCCAUAAAUACACACAAUUUCCUCUUUUUUUACUAACCUUGUUACUCUGAUGAUAUGAUCCUUCUCUUACCCUUCUUUUUUCUCAAGAAAAUAAAAUAAAAAAUAAAACUUUUUCCUUCCAACCUUCAUCCCAAAAACUUUUGCUUCCUUCCUCAAACUUCCUGCACAAUCACUUUUUUCAAAUCAAUGCCUAGCUAGCUAGCCAUCUCUCUCUCUCUCUCUCUCUCUCUCUCUCUCUCUCUCUCUCUCUCUCUCUCUCUCUCUCUCUCCCUCCAUAUACUUUUCUCUUUCAACAACCCCAAAAGGAUCCUACUAAAAAGCUCCUUCAAUCUCCCUUAAUAUAGUCGAUCAAAUCAUGAGGCACUCAUGCUAUAAUCACUUCUUAUCAUAUACAGCACCCUUCCGCUUUGGAGUUUCAUGCAACCAAUUUCUUGCUUUCUGAAUGUUUCUUGUCUCUUACUUAUUCCUAGUACUACUGAUGCCUCCUCCUCCUCGAUCACUUCCCCGAAGAACUCUUUGAUCAUGAUCCUGAUCUCUUCUUUUGAUCAGUAGUUUAAGAACUUUAGUAGUGGCUCUUUGCCCAAGCCAGAUCUCCAAUCUCCACCACCUUAAUUAGUUUUCAUGUUCAUCUGCUCAAAACCUACAAUAAUGAUACCUCCAUCACCCAGCUUGCCUGACCUCUCCUUACAGAUCAGCCCUCCUUUGAUCUCAGAUUUUGAAGCGAAAAAAGAAGUCGUGAUCAUCAGCUGUGAUGAUGGACUAGGAGUAGUACUUGCAAGAAAUAAAGCAGCACUCUACAGCGAUAGGAGCUCAACCACCACCGACUCCGGAAGCAGUGAAAGCGAUUUAAGCCAUGAAAAUGGCUUCCUCCUCCACCCAGAUCAUCAACAGAUCAUGAUCAGGACUACUUAUAACAAUAAUAACAAUCUUCGUCUUUCUGAGGCGCCCAUGUUAAGCUUAGGGCUUAAAAUGGCUGAUCAUUUGAGUACUCCCCCACUCGCAAAAGUACUGCCAAGAAACCAUCAUCAUCAUCGUCAUCACAAACACAACCAUCAACCUCAAAUCUACGGCCGGGAGUUCAAGAGAAAUAACGCGAGAUUGACCGGAGGUACUGUGAAAAGAAGCGUCAGAGCUCCCAGAAUGAGAUGGACUACGACCCUCCAUGCCCAUUUUGUUCACGCAGUAGAACUUCUUGGCGGCCAUGAAAGAGCAACACCGAAGUCUGUAUUAGAGUUGAUGAACGUGAAGGAUCUAACCCUAGCACACGUGAAGAGUCAUUUGCAGAUGUAUAGAACAGUGAAGAGCACUGACAAAGGAUCAGGUCAGGAGAGGACACAUGCUGUUUUGAACCCAAGGUCAGGGUUGGACCUUCCUUCUCCUCAUCAUCAUCACAAUGCAAACAUUCUGACACUACUGCAAAAAUCCCAAAGAAUGGAGACAAGCUGUGGGAGUAGUAGCAGAUCAAGUCAUCAUGCUUUGGCAUAUUUUCAUGAUUUCGAGGGAAACGAUGCCAAGGUACUGGAUGGACAUGACUAUAUUAAUGCAGACAGCAGCUUGAAGGAGAUGAUGAACUGCAGGUUGGAUGAUCAUUCUAGCAACAAUAUCUCACCAUUGAAUACUAAUUUGCCUAAUCUGGAGUUCACCCUUGGAAGGCCAAAUUGGCAAAUGGACUCAAAAAACUUAAUCCCUGAUCUUAAAUGUCAUAACACUACGAUCAUGAGCACAUUUACAUCAUGAUCAUCAUCAUGUACUUGAUCUUUUGUCGUACGUGAAUAUAUAAUCAUGGAGAUCUACUCUGCAUC